AUGGCAUCAGUGUCUACUCAGCCACAGUUCCGGUACACGCAGCCACCGUCGAAGGUGCUUCAUUUGAGAAACUUGCCGUGGGAGUGUAUAGAAGAGGAGCUGAUUGAACUUGGGAAGCCAUUUGGUAAAGUUGUCAACACUAAGUGCAAUGUUGGAGCGAAUCGAAAUCAAGCUUUUAUUGAAUUUGCGGAUAUAAAUCAAGCCAUUGCGAUGAUAUCGUAUUAUGCAUCAUCAUCAGAGCCUGCUCAAGUGCGGGGGAAAACCGUGUAUUUGCAGUAUUCCAAUAGACAAGAAAUAGUGAAUAAUAAAACUGCUGCAGAUGUUGCUGGAAAUGUACUGUUGGUAACAAUUGAGGGAGAAGAUGCACGUCUUGUGAGCAUAGAUGUUUUGCACUUGGUUUUUUCGGCCUUUGGAUUUGUGCAUAAGAUUACUACUUUUGAGAAAACAGCCGGAUUUCAGGCACUGGUGCAAUUCUCAGAUGCUGAAACUGCCACUUCUGCAAAGGAUGCUUUGGAUGGAAGAAGCAUACCUAGCUACCUACUCCCUGGGCAUGUCGGACCUUGUACCCUUAAGAUCACAUAUUCUGGACAUUCAGACUUAAGUGUUAAGUUUCAGAGUCACAGAAGCAGAGACUACACUAAUCCUUACCUUCCUGUUGCUCAAUCAGCUAUGGAGGGAAACGGACAGUCUGUGAUGGGUUUGGAUGGGAAAAGACUUGAGGCUGAGAGUAAUGUUCUUCUUGCAUCAAUUGAAAACAUGCAGUAUGCUGUAACCUUGGAUGUCUUGCACACGGUUUUCUCUACUUUUGGACCCAUCCAAAAGAUUGCAAUGUUUGAUAAGAAUGGUGGUUUGCAGGCUCUGGUUCAGUACCCAGAUGUUCAGACAGCCAUUGUGGCCAAGGAAGCCUUGGAAGGACACUGCAUUUAUGAUGGGGGAUUUUGUAAGCUCCACCUCUCCUAUUCACGUCAUACUGAUUUGAGUAUAAAGGUCAAUAAUGACAGGAGCAGAGACUAUACCAUGCCCACUGCACCUCCACCAGUUAUGAACGCCCAGCCCUCAAUUUCAGGGCAACAACAAGCUCCAAUGACUGGUCCUCCUGCUCAACAGUACAAUACCACUCAGUACGCUCCAACGAACAACCAGAAUUUUAUACCCCAAUCUCAGGCUGGAUGGGGAGCAGCUCCACCACCACAACACGCAAUGCAGCGGAUGCAUCAUAAUCCUUACAUGCCACCUGGUACGAUGCCCCCACAAGCUGGCCCUGGAAUGAUGCAGUAUCCUGGUCACUAUCAAUAG